CUGUAAAUAACUGCAGCUAUAUGCACUUCCUUCCAAUGUUCUGAUGUAAGAUGUUUUUGAUAGUCAUGUUUCUUUUCAUGAAGUCUAAACUAUGCCCUCUUCUAUAUUCAUUAUUUCAGCAUCAGAUAAUAGAAAUUGAACAUAUUCAAAAUAACUAUUUGAAAUGUAGCUACAUUACAACAUAAUAACUUACAGUUUUCACAUGAUGAGAAAUAUAUGAACACCAAAAGCACUGGAUAAAAAGUUAUUAUAACCACUAUUUUCUGCCCUAGGAGACAGUGGAUGGAAAAGCGUGCUAGUUUGAAAUUGAAAAGAGUCGCUGUAGCUAUUGAUAAAGAAGAACAUUAAGACGAUGUAGCUGCUUUAGAAGUGGGAUGCACUGUUGAGCGCUACAUCCUCAUGGGUUCGUGCUGAUUGAACAGAGAUUGUGACAGCCGGUUAAAUGGCGUCCCUUGAGAGGGCAAGAACAAGAUGCAUGUCAGGAGAAGUGCAGUAUUAUCAUAAGGUGAUGUAAACUUGGAAUACGGAGGAAGAACGGAGAGAAAAAGAGAGGCAGAGGAUGUCUAAUAUAGAGGGAGGAAUAGGGUGGGCUUGAGUAGAUUAAAAAUGGCGGGGAAAAGGGAGAUGGUUUGUUAAAGAAGAAUGGUAAAAAGUAAUAGCUUGUGUAAACUAGCACAAGGUAAAUUGCCGCGUCAGGGUGGCUCACUUGUUAUUCUUAAGACAUGCCAAAAUUGCACAUAACCAAAACAACUAGUCACAAAUUAAAUACUGGGGAUGGGCUCUUAUCAAUCAAAACAUGUAUUAAUGCCUUUAUAGAUCCAUAUAUCACCCUUUCAUUUGAAAGAGUAAAUAAAUAUUGAUGCUACCAGCACUUCCACAAGUGCAUCAAUAUUUCGUAAAUAGUUUAAUCCAUUUUCCGUUUCAUGAAUUUGUUCACAGGUAAAUGGUAAUGCGCUAAAACGCUCUGGUGACAAACAAACUUUGCUGCCCUGUUUCCAAUCGUCCACAUGGCUGAGAUAACCUAUUGAAAUUGGCCCACGCAUCACCAUGCAGCUGGUGAAGACCGAGGAGGGAAUGGGAGAGGGGAACAUACUCUACCAUGCAGUCAUUGCCAAGACUGAGGAAGAGCUUCAGGAGAUCCUGAUCCGAAAAGAGGCGCAGAUGAAAGAAAAGCAGGAACGGAAGAAAAAACAAGAGCAGGAUGUUGCUCAAAAGAAAGCGUUACGGGAGAAGAACAAGAAAAGAAGCAUGGCAGGCAUCAAGAGGAAGCGCCAGGAGGAGGAAGAGCAUGACCCUGAAGUGGAGGAUCCUGGGAACCAGGAUAACAGGCCUCUGGUUGUUGAAUCUGACGACGAGGCAGAGUACUACAGACAGGCUGUAGGGGAGAAGCCAGAUGAAGAUAUGUUCCCUGCAGCCAAGAGGAGGCAAAGACCUGUAAGGCCCUUAGGAGGACCCUUCAAGAAGAGGAAACCGUUCUCUGGCAACAACGGGGAAAACAAACAUGGUUCCACGUCACCUCAUAGGUCUGGUCCAGGAGGGAAACCCAGAGACCGAAUGGGGGGUGACGGGGACAAGAAAGAGGGAAAGAAAUUUGGGGAUGGGGGCAAAUCCUUUGGAAAGAUGUCACCGGGGGGCAAGAGGUUUGGAGGAAAGACAUUUGGGGAUGGGGCAAACGGUUUGGAGGACAGAGGAAUGUAUUCCUUCAUGAUAGGACAUUGGUAUAGCAACAAGUCAGCUGGAGGACUGGAUGAAAAUGCAAUGAUGUAAUU